GGCGUGGUUCAGAAAGCGGAAGGUUUCAGUUUUAAUGUGAGUUCCCUAAACCAAUCGCUUCAGAUGGGAAUCCGCUAGCAGGUGUCUCUCGGGGACGGUUUUAUCUCAUGGGGGAAUGUUUGAGGAAAACGUUCCCGUGUCUCAAGACAUUAUGGGACAGGAUAUACGGACCCUCGCAGAUCGACGGAGAAAACAGCGUGAAGACUGACAGCGACUGUAACGACGAUGGGCUCGGUGAGCGUUACGGGCAACCGGCGAGCGCGCCUCUGCCGCCGCGGAAGACGGGCGACGCCGCGCUUUACACGGCUCUGUGGGACUUUGAGGCUCGCGACGGCCAGGAGUUGUCCUUCAAAGCUGGCGACGUGUUAGAGGUCGCCAGCAGUUCCGGUGACUGGUGGAGUGCGACGAAAACCGACUCGCACGGGCGCGUGGCCGCCGGUUUUGUGCCGUUCAAUUAUUUGGCGCGGGAGUCCGUGGAGUCUCAGCCGUGGUUUUUUGGAAAGAUGAGCCGUGUUGAGGCAUUGAGUCACCUCAUGUCAGCAGAAAAUGAUAACGGAUCCUUUCUUGUGCGAAUCAGUGAGACUGACAGCAUGAGCGUACUCUCAGUGAAAUCACAAACCAAAGCAAAGCACUUCAAGAUCUACCAUAAUAGCGGUCAGUUCUAUGUGGAUCCAUCUUCUCUGUUUGGCAGUGUAUUAGAGAUGAUUGAAUAUUACCAAACUCACUCGCUCUCCACUUCGGAUUUACUCAGGAAACCCUGCAUUCGGAAAAUGCCACGGGUUCUUCCACCCCCCUCAGUCGAUGAAUGGGAACUGCCUAAAGAACAAUUUACCCUUGAGAAGCUGCUCGGCGGUGGUCACUUUGCUGAUGUUUACAGCGGCAGGUGGAAAAAUCACACUAAAGUGGCUGUCAAAAUUCUCAAGAACAAUGAUGCUCUUGUGCAGAAGGACUUUCAGCUGGAGGUGCAGAUCAUGAAACGUUUUCGUCACAGGCACUUGAUUUCUCUCUUUGCCGUCUGCACUUCCUCUGUCCCAUUUUACAUCGUCACCGAACUAAUAGAGAAGGGAGACCUGCUUAAUUUCCUCAAAAAUCCGGAGGGUAGGGCACUGGAUAUGGAGUGUCUGAUCGACAUGGCAGCUCAAGUGGCAGAUGGAAUGGAGUAUUUAGAGGCCAAUAACAGUAUUCAUAGAGACCUCGCAGCAAGAAAUGUUCUAGUUGGAGAGGGAUACAUCUGCAAAAUUGCUGAUUUUGGCCUCGCUCGAGUCGUUAAGGAACCUGUUUAUAUAUCUGAUGACAAGAAAAUCCCAUAUAAGUGGACCGCACCGGAGGCUAUCGGUCAUGGUCGUUACUCAGGCAAAUCUGAUGUCUGGUCAUUUGGGAUUCUGCUUUAUGAAAUAGUUACAUAUGGCUCAGUACCUUAUCCAGGUGUCCGUAACUGCGACGUGUUUCAUCUCGUCGCGCGAGAUAACUACAGAAUGCCUUCGCCACCUCACUGUCCACAGGUCAUUUAUAACAUCAUGCGAUCUUGCUGGAAAGCAGAGCCAGAGGACCGUCCAACUUUUUCUAUUCUGAGGCAUGAACUAGAAAACUAUCAAGGUGACUGAAGGCACUUGCAAACAUCCUGUGGUCUUAAACUCUUAUAUAGCAAAAAAAAAAGACUGACCUUGGACAAAUCUUAAAGACUGAUGCAUCAUGCAAAUAUCUUGGAUUAGUCUACUAUAUCAGUUUUCAGAUAAACAGGAAGAUGCACUUAUAAAGCACUUUUCUUUGGAUUUAUUUAUGUUUAAAGCAAUUUUUGACAGAAUUUUAUGAGAUUCUGGUAUUGUUAAUUUCUUUGUAAUAAACGUUGUUCUCAGGUAAAGUGUAAAAAAAAGUGUUUUUAAAUAUUAAAUCAGUGGAUGAAUGUUUCCUCUUUUUAAACCCCUAAUUCAAAUAUGAAAGCAAUGUAGUGGAAUAUUUCCUUUUUAAAUUUUAAUUUUCAGCAUGAAGCUAGAUUAAUGUGACAAAAAAAGCAUAUGCAACUUGCUAUAAAUCAACAUAAAAGAAUUCAUGCUUUAUGCUGGUUUUUAUACUUUAAAUAUUGUGUGGUACUUUCAUGACAAUUUGACAUUGCCAAAAAAAGAAGAAAAAAAACGACUUUGAUUUAAAAGGGUUUUUUUGAGUGACGAGGCAAUGGCAUUACGUGAGAAAAUAGUAAUGAUAGGGCAGGAUUGCUAUCAUAUGUGAAUUUUUAUUUGAGAUAAAAGCGUUUAUUCGUUUUGGCAAAUGGCAUAGUCAUAAAAAUAUUAAUAUAACAUUUGUGUUAUUGAACUUGGUUCCUUGGGAAUGGGAACCAAUGAAUCAGCGCUGUACAAUAUGACAUGUGACCAGCAGAUGGCGCCACACCAUUAUUUCAGCGGUGAUCUGUAGUAUGCAUCCAAGUCUGUGUUUUUUAUUUGGAUUUAUUUAGCUGCAAAUCUUUUACUCUUAGCAUGAAUAUAAUAAAGCAUGUAACAACAUAAAAAUGA